AUGAUGAAGAAAAAAGAAAGAAAAGAAAAUGGUCAAAACAGUGGUUAUUGGAAAGGAGGAAAUAUUCUCAUAUUACUACGGCAUUUAGAAACAAAUGAACCAUCUGACUUCAAAAAUUACUUGAGAAUGGAAAAUCAUUUAUUCCAUCAACUAUUAAAUUUAGUUAGGCCACAUAUUGAAAAGCAAAAUACCGUCAUGCGAGAAUCAAUUUCUGCCGAAGAACGACUUGUUGCUACUCUGCGUUUCUUAGCUACUGGUCGGAGCUAUGAAGAUUUGAAAUUUUCGUCAGCUAUUUCAGCUCAAGCUUUAGGAAAGAUUAUUCCAGAAACUUGUUGGGCCAUAUACAAAGUUCUACGAAAUGAGUAUUUACAGGUAAGUCAACAUUUAAUAUUAAAUUUUUAUGCAAAUAUACACCAAUAUGUAAAUAAAAAAAUUUAG